AUGACCCCUUUUAUUUCUGAGUCAUCAUCCGGGGCCGCCUCAGCUCGGCGCCGAGAGCCCGCGAGGUGCUGGAGGCCGGCAGCCGCCCGUGCGUCCCCGCCCACCCCCGGCAGCGAGGACGCGGCGGCCACGUCCCCUCCCGCGCUGGGCGGGGCUAGCCGCCGCGGACCCCCGACCGGCCUGCUCGGCCGUUGGCCCCGCCCCGCGCGCUCGUGCGCAGCGCGAGCGGUCCGCCGCAAGGGAUCCUGGGAGCCGUUGGAGCCGCUGGUCCGCGCGCCCGGAGCCCGCCCGCUCCCUGGGCGUGUGGCGCGCGUGCGCGCGACGCGCGAGGCGAAGCGGGAAUCCGCGGCUGGCAGGACCCGGCUUCAGGGUCCCGGGGCGUCGGAGCCGGGCCUCCUUUCCGCCGCCUGUGGACUGCGCACCCCCAGCCCGCACCCUGCGCUCGGCGGCCGGGCCCACGCACCGCGGGCUGGCUGCCUCGCAGCCGUCCUGUCUCACAGGCCUCACGGGCAGCGCGCUGACUCCCUAGGCCUGCUGCACUACGUGUCCCCUUCACGGCACCUGCUGAGUGCAUGCAGGUUUCCCGGCGAGCACGCCUCCGCGUGGAGGGUGGCGGGCACACCCUCCUCCGUGGAACGGCCAAGCAGCUGCGGUCGGAUCUCAGCCUGUGGGGAUGACUUCAGGAGGAGUGCUGCCUCAGCCACUCCCGUCCUCGGCCCGCCACACUGGGCCCCCUGGCAGCAGCACCCACCGAACGUCCUGGGCCCAGUGUUGCCCCCAGGAAGCACCCUGGUGCUGCCGACUCUUCCCAGCACGCCGUUGGUGGCAGCACAGGCCAGCUGUGGCCCAGGCUGGCCCGGGGCCUGCAACGUCACUGUGCACUUCCUGGCGGCCUCGGGAGUGAAGACCAUCCUGCCCGCCCCUCCUGCCUGGAGCACCCAGGCUAGCGAUGAAGGCUGGUCCCUGCACCGUCCACCUCGAGCUGCAGUGCCAGCUGCCCAGCUGGCCUCUGGCGGGCUCCCAGCAUUGGCCAGUCCUCGUCCACCUGGGGCCGCUAGGAACAGCGGCCCGGCCUGCUCGCAGCCCACCGCCUCGCCCGGGAACGCCUGCCACCGCACCAGCGUGAACGAAAAGUUCCGGCGCUGGCAGCACUGCAAGCCCCUGGCCCGCAGGCACCUGCCCCAGAGUCCCGAUGCGGAGGCACUGUCCUGCUUCCUCAUCCCAGUGCUUCGGACCCUGGCCCGCCGGAACCCCACCAUGACCCGGGAGGAGGUCCUGCAGCGGGGCGUGCAGAAGUGGCAUUGUCUAAGCAAGUCAGAGCGCAGCAUCUACUAUGUGAUGGCGGGAAGGUUCAUGGAGUUCGAGGCCGAGGAGGCGAGGCAAUGUCAGAACGCACAGUGGAUGAAGGCGGCGCAGGGCGUGCCUCAUCCAGCACCCCUCAGGCCUGUUCCUCGGGCGCCCUCAGCCCCAGAGCGGGGCCAGAAGCGAGCUGGCCAUGACCCCCCACGGGAAUGUCCCCGAGCUCCGUCCUCCCUGAGCACGCUCAGUGCUGGGAAGGUGCGGCCAGCCUACCCACACUCCUUCCCUGCACCCUCCUCAGCACGCAUCCGCGAGAAGGCCAGCGCCGGGGCCCAGUCCGCCAACGCCCAGCCACCGCGAUGCCGGCAGAGCCCGCACACCGAGGCGCCGACGGAGAUCCCCCUCGAGGCCGUGGCAGAGGGCCUGGAGAUCAUGGAGGGGCUGCUGGGGCCCAGCGGCCCAACUCAGGGGCUGCCCGGUGAAGAACGUGGGGAGGAUAGCUCCAAGCCGCCACAGGGAGAGGAGGGCGUCUAUCCAGACCCGGGUCUCCUGACCUACAUCAAUGAGCUUUGUGCCCAGGGAGACUUUCUCAACAAGGCGGACGCAGUUCUGCACCCACGCUUCCUGGCGGAGUUGCCCUGCCCGGAAGCCCAGCUGGAUCUCUUGGCCCUCGCUGAGGAGCUGGAGCAGGAGGAAGGACUGUCUUUGGCACAGCUGGAGCAGAAGCGACUCCUGGAACUGAAGCAGGAGGAGGGUGUGCAGGCCCCCGCGAGUCACGGCACACCCCGACUGGACUCAAGGCCUUCUGGGUCUGAGGCCGGCCAGGAUCCCCAGAGGCACGGCCACGGCCCCCAGCUAGGGGCCAGCGACCAAGCCUGCCCACCAGAGUCUGGUUGCGGGCAGCGCCAGGCGCACAGCCGAGGAGACGCUGGCGUGUGGAGGCCCGAAGCCUUCGCUGCCUCUCCAGGACGCCAGGAGCCCCCUCCCCUGAAGGCUGGCUGGCGGCCCCAUGCCCCCCAGGCUCGGUGCCGCACUUCGCCCAGCCUGGGGCCCAGGCUUGCCACUGCUCCGGGAGAGACCUGUCCUGCUCGGGAGCCCCUGGGGCCCACGGGCAGGCCCAGUGAGGGCGAGGAGGAGCUCCCCAGCCUGGCCUUCCUCCUGGCAUCUCAGCACACACUGCCAUCCUGGGGACUGCCCCAGAGUCCUACUCCAGGCUCAGACCUCCUCCGCCCUGGAGUACCCCAGGCCCGCUCUCCCCAGAAGCCGGGCCUCAGCCCCGCUGGCCCUCCAGCUGGCAAGGCCAGCAGUCGGGCCCCGUGUGCAGGCCCAGCCCCUGCUGGGAAGACACCCCUGCCAGGGGCCAGCCUCGGGGUCGCUGGGGGACCAGCCUUGGCUCUGGGGCUGGGCUGCCCCUCACAGCCCCGGAAGAGAAGGGGGGACCCUUUCGGCACAGGGAAGGGUAGGAAGCGGCCCUGCAGCCAGUAG